AUGUCUGACGUCCAGAAGCCCGUUGAGGAGACCCCCGCGGUCGUUCCCGCUGCUGAGCCUGUUGUUGAGGCUCCUGCUGCCACUGAGGCCGCUGUUGAGGCCCCCAAGGAGGCGGCCAAGGAGACUCCUGCUGAGGAGACCACUGCCACUCCCGAGGUUGUUGAGGCUACUGAGGCUGCCAAGGAGGAGGUCAAGCCCGCUUCUGAGGGCACCCUCGGCUACAAGGCCCCCGGUCUGGUCAAGAGCCUGCGCUUCGCUAAGCGUUUCUUCUACUUCAACGACGAGGCUGUUGAGGCCAAGCAGCUGUCCAGCUUCCACCAGAACGAGAAGCCCGCCGUUGCCAACCCCAUCGCCGCCUGGGCCAGCCAGACCGGCAAGGGUCUGCUCUUCAUCACCAAGCGCGCCGAGGACAAGGCUCACCCCAGCCACAUCAUCAACUUGGCCGAUGUCUCUGAUGUGACCAAGGAGGGUUCCAGCGAGUUCCAGUUCAAGAUUGCUGGCCAGAAGCACACCUUCCAGGCCUCCAGCGCCGCUGAGCGCGACAGCUGGGUUGUCGCCAUUGAGGCCAAGGCCACCGAGGCCAAGGCUGAGAAGGAGACCAUCACCACCAGUGAGGGUUACAAGGCUGAGCUCGAGAAGCUGACCAAGCCCGUUGCCGUUGCCGCUGUCGCCGCCAAGAAGCCCGAGGAGAAGAAGGAGGAGGAGACCGCUGCUCCCAAGGAGGCCGAGGAGGCCGCCCCUAAGGAGGAGAAGAAGGAGACCGCCAAGUCUCGCUCCCAGUCCCGCAAGCGCUCCAGCAUCUUCGGCUCUCUGCUCGGCAAGAAGGAGGAGUCUGAGGAGAAGAAGGCUGAGGUGAAGAAGGAGGAGACCGUCGAGGAGGCCCAGCCCGCUGAGGCCGCUGUCCCCGCUGCUGAGCCCGUCGCCGAGACCGCUGCUGAGCCCGUUGCCGCUGCCACUGAGGCCGCUGCCCCUGCUGAGACCACCGAGGACAAGGCUGUUGAGGAGCCCAAGGAGGAGAAGAAGGAGGAGAAGAAGGCCAAGCGCGCCUCCAUCUUCGGCAGCCUCUUCCAGAAGGUCACCAGCCCCGUUCACGAGAAGUCCGAGAAGGAGGCCACCGCCCCCGUCGAGGAGACCACCGUUGCCAGCACUGCUCCUCAGCUCGAGAACCCCGUCGAGGAGGCCGCCGUUAAGCCCAUCGAGCCCGAGACUGUUACCGCCGCUGCCGAUGCUGAGGACAAGCGCCGCUCCUCUUUCUUCGGCAACUUCGGCAAGAAGGAGAAGAAGGCCGAGACCUCUGACAACGAGGUCACCGAUGGCGAGACCAAGGAGGCCAAGGCCAAGUCCUCCAAGCUUGGUGGUCUGUUCCGCAAGCCCAGCAAGGCUGUGAAGCUCGACAAGGAGGAGACUCCCGCUGCCGAGACCGAGGCCAAGGCUGGGGAGACCAAGGAGGCCGCUACCGAGGCCGCCGCUCCCGCUGAGGAGACCCCCGCCCCCGUUGUCGAGGAGGUCGCUCCCGUUGAGGCCACCACCGAGGAGGCCAAGAACGUCAACCUCACCACCACCGCCCCUGUCCAGGCUGCUGCUUGA